AUGAUACGUAGAUGCUGCUGCUCGUUGUACAACACUUCCUACAAUCUACUACCAAAUCCUCUUGCAAAACACCAAAACUCUACAAAACAUCAUCUUAGAAAUAUCAGUCAAUCAAGCCACUCUCAAAUUGAUAUCAUAGAAAAGUUUGACAAAUUAUCCUCACAACAGCGGCUCUAUUUAGAGACAAUAAAGAAAGAUUACGAUGACGCAAGUUUGAUAAGACUUGUGAAACACAGUCAGGCCUCUGAGAGGUUCCUUGGUAAGUUUUCAACACUGUACACUGCUUAUAAAGAGUACUGUGAUACACUCGAUAUAAUUGUAGAGUGUCAUGAACUGUUGAAUGAGCCGGAAAUGGAGGAAAUAGCGCGAACUGAUAUCGUAUCAAUGGACAGCGUGUUGCAAUCUUCGUACAACGAUAUCGAAGCUGAGAUUAUGGAGUCAUUGCAACCAUCAGGAGACGACAUUUUCCUUGAAAUUCGUAUGGCAGCUGGCGGUAUAGAAUCAUCGGUAUUUGCAAACGAUCUCUUUACAAUGUAUGAAAAUAUUGCUGCAAGCAGAGGAUGUAAUUGGUCUGUUCUGGAAGAGGAUGCUCGCGGUGAGAUUGGCAUUGCCCGUGUUGUUGUCAGUAUUUCGGGUCCUGAUGCGCUUGGUGUGUUUCAGUUUGAGGCAGGCGUGCACAGAGUACAAAGAGUCCCGCUUAACGACACCAGAGUUCACACUUCUACUGCUAUCGUCAUUGUAACGAAGAAACCUCACGAUAUUAAGAUAAAGAUAGAUGAGGAGGAUUUGGAGUGUACGUACAUGCGAGCUAGUGGGCCGGGUGGGCAGUUUGUUCAGAGAACUAACUCUAAAUGCCGCAUGGUGCACAAACCUUCUGGUAUAACAGUUACAAAUCAGACUAGUAGACUUGCUCAAGAUAAUAAGAAGGAAUGCCUUAAGAAACUCAGUGAUAUUUUGUUGAGAGAAGAGAUUGAGGCGAAUUUGUCCGCAACAGAAAAGACUAAGAAAUCACAAGCCAUGCAAGGCGAUCGGAGUGAUAAGAUCAGAACUUACAAUUAUAAGUCAGGAGUUAUAACUGACCACAGGUACAAGGUCGAAGUGACUGGUAUUUCAGACUAUUUAGCUGAUCCUGAAUAUUUUAUGGAGCUACAUCGGAAAGUGAGCGGAGUCUGGCAACUUCAGAAACUUGCUGAGAUUGCUGAGGGGCUAGGUGAAGAUCAAAGCAGUAAGGGUAUUGGUCAGUCUAGUAGGAACAGAAGUUAG